AUGAGUGUACCUAUUUUUGGCGCCAUUGUGAAAACAUGCACCAAACUACAACGGCUUUCGGUUUCGGGCCUUUUAACCGACCUGGCUUUCGAGUAUAUCGGGAAAUACGCGAAAAACCUAGAGACACUAUCCGUAGCUUUUGUAGGCGAUAGUGAUUUGGGGAUGGAGUAUGUGAUGAGAGGCUGCCCGAAACUAAAAAGAGUCGAGAUACGAGACUGCCCGUUUGGAGAUUCUGCUUUGCUUUCGGGUUUGACCCAAUACGAGUCAAUGCGAUCUUUAUGGAUGUCAGAUUGUAACGUGACUAUGGACGGGUGUAAGAAGUUGGCUGAAGAGAUGAGUAGGUUGAAUGUUGAGGUGAUCAAAGAUGAAGGUGGUGAUGAUAGGCUUGCUAAUAAGGUUUAUGUGUAUCGAACCGUUGCUGGACCACGAAUGGAUGCACCACCUUUUGUUGUGACCCUUUAGGUUCAACGAACCGAAUGUGGUUAGCUAGCUCGAGUAUCGUUAGGAACCCGUCGCUUAGUUGUUCCAUCGCUAUCGAUAUUUAUGUUUGAUCUUGUUUUUUUUUUCUUUUGAGAGAGAAAAUUAGUAGACAGUGUGUUAAGUCAUUUAACUGUUUAAGGUGAUUGAUUUAGUUAACCUUGUUUUGAGUCUUGUGCUUAAAACUCAAGCUUUACUAAUUUUUAAAAAUUGAAAUAUCUACUAAUUAGCUUUUUUA